CGCCGCGUGCUGUGGACGGACGGGUUGGAGCGAGCGUGGCGUGCGUCUGCACACAGACAGACAAAGACGGCGAACCGGAGGAGCAGAACAGGAGCGAGCUCGUCGCGUUAUUCUGCUCCAGUGCUGCACGCCCCGAUAACAUGAACCGAGAGCCCGAGCGAGAGACGCCGACACGAGAAGCGUGAUUUCAGCGAGUUUGAUUUUUAGCGCUUUUACAGCGAACAGUUUAUCUUUAUAACUAGCAGCUCCGCUAGCAGUUAGCCAUCAUCAUCCUUACAAUCAUCCAGAAAACUCGAGAAAAAAGAGCAGCGGGAGAAUUUAAGAAAGCACGGUUGGUUUGUUGUCUGAUGCACGUGCGGGCUCUACUAUGCCUAGCCCCCUGUUCCACCCUGACAUCAUGGAUCACGAUAUGGUAGUGAGCAGCACGAGCCAAUCCACUCUGCCACCCCCACGGGACACGGAUCAAGAGUCCCGGGAUGAAGAGCAUCAAGAGGCGCUGCGCUUCGCCCUGGAUCAGCUGUCACUCAUGCCGAUCGAGAAGGUCGAUUGUCUGGACGGGACACCGCCGGGCACAGAGAACGGCGGAUACGUCGACUUACUGAUGCUCGAGCACGCCAACGGGUCACGGGAGUCGCCCGGUUCUUGCUCUCCAUCCCCAGAGUAUUACGGUUCGGGAGGCAGCGGUGGGUACCACAUGGCCGGGUCCAUCCUCGGGGAACAAAGCUCCGCGCUGCGAAAGAGGAGCGUCAACAUGACCGAGUGCGUGCCCGUGCCCACGUCAGAGCAUGUGGCAGAAAUUGUCGGACGACAAGGUUGCAAGAUUAAAGCAUUACGAGCAAAAACAAACACCUACAUCAAGACCCCCGUGAGAGGAGAAGAGCCCGUGUUUAUUGUGACCGGCAGACGUGAAGAUGUGGAAAUGGCCAAGAGAGAGAUCGUUUCUGCGGCCGAGCACUUCUCGAUGAUACGGGCCUCGCGCUGUAAAGCGGGCGGGAGCGGUCCGGGUUCGGGCGGCACGCUCCCUGGACCUCCUAACCUGCCUGGCCAGACCACCAUUCAGGUGCGAGUUCCCUACAGAGUUGUCGGGCUGGUUGUGGGUCCCAAAGGAGCCACUAUCAAGCGCAUCCAGCAGCAAACCCACACUUACAUCGUCACGCCCAGCCGCGAAAAAGACCCGGUGUUCGAGGUGACCGGGAUGCCGGAAAACGUGGACAGAGCCCGCGAGGAAAUCGAAACGCACAUCACGCUCCGUACGGGCGCCUUCGUGGACCUGCAAGGUGACAACGACUUCCACAGCAACGGCACCGACGUCAGUUUGGAGGGUCUCGGGGCACUGGGACUGGGCGCAACGCUGUGGUCUCGUGCCAGCCACUCGGCACCUCCUCAUGGCUCCCACCACCAUUCUACACGCAAGGUGUCUUCUGCGUCUUACUCCAACGGUGCGCUGAGUUCCGAGUCUUUCUCUGCGCCGCGGCGAGCGACAGAUGGCGGCAGCCCUACAAGUCCCUUCAGUACUAGCAGCGCUGGCGGCAGUUUCUCAUUCAGUGGCGACACAGCCCCCGUCCUCCCCGGCACCUCCGAAGACCUGGGUUUCGAGUUACCCGGCGGUAACAUCUGGGCUCCGUUUGUCAACGGCGGAAAGCAGCAGCAGCCGUCGCAGCUUCGUCGCAACAGUAGCGGCCUCAGCGUGGGUGCCGUGACCCCGCGCGUGUCGCCCACCCUGCCCUCCGACCCCUCAUGCGUCGACCACCCACUGGCGCGCCGUGCACAGAGCGACCCCCUCAGCGCCCUCUCCUGGCUGCAAUCGGGCGGUGGGUCAUUCUCAGGUGGCAGCAGCAGCAGCGGCGGGAGCUCGACGGGUUACUCUUCCUGCUCGGCCUCCUCGUUGCCCGGCGGUUCGCCCACUGACUCCGAGGGAGGAAGCAGCGGCAUGGGCAUCGCGUCCUCUAUGCUGGGGCGACUGAAAGCGAGCGGCCUGGCUGUUGUGGUGCCCGGCGGUAGCAGGGACUGUUACGUGUGCUGCGAGAGCGAGGUGACCGCCGCGUUGGUUCCUUGCGGGCACAACCUCUUUUGCAUGGAUUGCGCCGGGCAGAUAUGCCAGUCGCAAGAGCCCGAGUGUCCAGUUUGCCGCACCCCUGCCACGCAGUGCAUCCGAAUCUUCUCUUAAUGCCCGGAAGAGAUGAAACUCCACAUCUAUCGAGGACUGCCUUCGUCGGAUUGACAGUGAUUAUUAGAUGACACUAUUGUGAAGUUAUUGACAAUAAUAAUAAUAAUAAUAAUAACUCUGAUGCCAUGUUAUUAGCGACUCAAGUACUUUUCUUGGACUUUUUUCUUGGAACUGAAGAUCAAACAGUGUCUUAUCUUUAGCCCUUCAUCUUCGUUUGGUCGUAUUUAACGCUUCUUUUUUCAUUACGCCUUCAUGCGACUGCAACCGGUUGCUUUUUUGCUUGCAACUUUUUCUACUUGCAGAUAUUUUUCGACUUUUACUCUCACAUAAGACUGCACUUUUUUCCUAACGUCUUGAAUCGUUAGAAGGUUGGCAAUGCAGUUGUUUUUUAAAUUAUUUUUAAAUUCUCUUUUGUUGCUUUUUUAUUAUAAUUUUUUUAAUUUUGGGCGACGCCCGCAUCAACAACAACAACAUGCUUGGAAAUGCGAGGCUGCAUAAACGUUUAGACCAAAAUAUUCGAGAGAUUCCUGUUUUAUUACGAAUGAAGAAUGAAACACUUAAUAUUUAUACAUGUCAAGAGUUGAUAUCCAACUGAAUAGUUAUUGUUGAAUCUUAACUAGAUAGACUAGUACAAUGUUAUAAAUCUCAUGUUUGCUCUCGGUCAUCACACUACCUUUAUACUCCACUAGAUGACGUGAGAGUUUAUUUUAAGGGAACAAUGAUUUCGUCAGAUGUUUGUUCAUUCCCAGAGUCUUCACUCCUGAUACAGGGUUGUUAGUAUUUCAGAUGACGACAUCUUUAUCUGUUACAAUUUUACUGUUAGAGACUUUUUUUGUGGUAAGACUGGAUGUUGUGGGCAGCACAGGUGUUGACUCCGCCCCUCGUCAAAUCACAUGACUUAUUAUUGAAUUAUAAGAUAGAUGUUUGUAACUUGACAUGAAUGUUUUCUUUGUUGUGGAUGUGUGUGUGUGUGUGCGCGUUUUUAAACCGACUGUUGUAGAGCCAUCCUAAUAGUGCACUGCGACACAUUGAAAUGUUCUUUUGUAUUUUCGGGGGGUCUGUCGCGUUCCCCUCGGGUCAGGCUGGAGUAAAAGUCUGUCUUCCGGCUCUGUCGCAAGAGCUUUCGGUCUCAUCCUGAGGUUAAACUUUUGACAUUUGCAUCCUGCAGCGCGCGCACUUACUCUCUAAUCCCUCAGCCGCCUGUGAACGUAGCCGUGUUUGUUUUUAUGAAGCGAAUCAAAUCUGUAGCCCUUGACAGGCGUACGUGACGAGCCGUUGGGCCGCUGUACUCUAAAGGGCUUCUGGUUAUACACUACACACUUCAGGUCAUAUCUUUAAUAAUAAACAGGAUAAAUCGUCCCGACACGAUCCGUAUGGCAGCUAUAUCAUCCAGGGCUUCCAUACGUAUAGUGAUGAUGUCCAAACGCUGAAGGGACUUUUCCCAUUUUAACUUUUUGGUAUAAAUUCUGCUUUGCAUGUUUUUUUGAUAGGAGAACACCUGAGUUUGGUUUCCUGAUAUAUUUUUGCAUUAAUGGAUUGUGCCGGUCAGAACGGAGAGAGUAGACGGUGCCUUUCGAGGUCAUGAGACUGACUCAUCUGUUAAAUGAAGAUUGUUUUUGAUAUAUAUAUAUAUAUAUAUCCGGCUGUGAUGCAUACACGUUCAUACUCUUCCGAUUCUUAAGUGCAGAGAUUACACUUUAAAUGUGGAAAGAGGUCAGAGUAUUUUGUAUAGAGAGCCAUCUGAGCCGUUUUCUCCCCGUGUUUGUGUUUUAGAGGGCCAUCAGGAAGAUGAUGAUGAUGAUGUUUGUUCUUAGUUAGGAUUGAUGAUGAUCUGGUUCAGAAGAGGUGAGGUGUUGUGGUGUAAAUGGUCCAGAAAGUAGCUGUAGUUUUCUGUUCUCGUGUCUGUGGCAUGUUUUGGCAUCUCGAUCGGCGAUGAAGGUCAUGUGACUCCAUCACGGCGGAGCAGAAUUUUGGGAUUGACCUGAAGCUGGAUUAUUUGCCUUUUCCCCAAGGUUUAAAAACAGGGUUUAAUGUGGAUUUGUUUUCAGAGGAGAUCUCAGGCAGAUUAGCAUAGGAAAGACGUCAAACGCUGUUUUCCCAUCGGUUUUGCCCUCUACUCUGUUUUUGCUUUAACUUCUUUCUUAUUGUUUUUUAUGCCAAACCAAAAGUUGUUUCAAUAAGAAAAUUCAAGGCCUAAUUGUAAAUAUUCUGAAUACAAUCAUUAGGAUUUGUUUUCAAAAAGUACAAAACUGAAAAGGUUAAUGUAGUUUUUAAAACAUGUAUCAUUAUUUGUAACUUAACGCUCUCUCUUUUUCUCUCUCUCUCUCUAUCUCUCUGCAUGUCUUGAAGCCAUCAGGCGUUCGCUAAUAAUUUUCUAAAAAUGAAAAGACAAAAAACUUUUUUUACACAUUUUAUUUUUACAAUUUAUUUGCUUACCUUGACAUGAAUAUCCCAGAUUAUAAUGUGACCCUUUUAUUACAACAAAUUUAUCUUUAUUUUCCAUAUUUCCGUUUCCUGUGUACAACAUAUAGGCAAUUUAUAACAAAAUGAGAAAAAAUUAUUGAAGAAAUUUAAAAUUGAAAUAUAUUUUAUUUGAAAGUUUAUGGACCUUUUAACCGUGAGCUGGAACAAUUGUAUACACGCAUAUCAUUUGAGCUGACUUUACGGUUAUAAGAAAUGUAUCGAGAGUUUUAUUUUUUAUGCUUCUUUAAUAAAAUCUUGUUUUUCGUUUUUUGUUUUUGUACUGUAAAACAAUAAUCCUGUAUCUGCGUGUCUUUAUUUACUGUUGAACAGAAGACUUCAGUCCUAAACUUUAUCUCCAGCUGAAGACUCAAAGUGUUUCAUGUGUUUUACUCUGUUCUUAAGUCUCUGCUAUUCUAGACAUUUUGGGGUGCUUUCCCUGACAGAGAUUAUCUUAAAACAGGACUAGACCUUAGUUUAAUUAUGAAAUAGAAUUAGUUUUAUCGAACAUGCCUUACUAAAACAUUACUUGUGUGCAUUUCGAGUCAAAACAAAGGGCACUGAUGUAUUUUAAGAUAUGUCAGUACAAGUUGUUUUCAGUUCUUAUAUUUAUUUUAGUAUUGGACUGGUCUAAUCCCUGUUUGGGAAACCGCCCCAUAUGUUGUGAAUAAUAACAGAGGAUAAUAAAACUUCUGUUUAAUAGAUUUUUAAAAAAUAAUCAGAGUUCUUUACAAGACAAGAGUCUUCAUCAAUAUUUUCAACUUUAAUUGUAAAUGCAAGAAACAAAUUGUGAUUUAAUGCUGCAACAAUAUUGAAGGAAAAUGUUAUAACGCUUCCUCAUGUCACAUACUGCAUAACAAGUUAAGUUUGUAAAUGUAAUUUCAAUUGUUAAAUAUUUUUAAAAACCUAAAUAUUUU